AUGAGGCGGACCGCCGCCGCGUGUGGUGGGUUCACCAUGAAAUACAAGAAGGGCACCGGCCUGUGGGACGAGGACCACGUGAAUGACUACAAGACCAACCGGUACCUCUCUGCCCGCGCGACGAUGCGAUGGUACUACGAGAUGGAGCGGCUUCAGACCCGCAACAGCCUCAACGCCCGACGCGGCACGCAGAGCCACAACAACAACAUGGGCCUGCACCACAGUGGACGCGGCGCCUUUGAGCGAGAGGUGGAGCGGCGCGGCCUGCAGGUGGAGAAGUACGCGCUGACCACCACGACAGGGGCGACGCGUGUGGCGGAAUUGACUCUGCUGCGACGGCUGGAACUUGAGAAAAAGGCCGAGGAGGCGAUGGCGAAACAACGUGCGGCAGUACGGCAGCCGGCACCGUCGGCAUGGUACGAUGAAGCACUGGGGCCUCUGAACCCCGAGUUUUUGCGCUUGAUGCAGCCGCACUAUGAGGUGGAAAUAAAAACUUUGCCGGAAGCCCCUCUCAUCCGUGAGCAGCAGCAGCAGCAGCAACAACAAAAACGUCGGUACCACCACCAGGAGUCGGCAUAA